ACAAAAUUGCUUUCUAUAUAUUUUAUUGAAAAUAAAUUUGAAAUGCAAUUUUAUUAUUAAUAUGAAAGCAAUCGUGUGUAUGGUGUUGCUCAGUGUUUCUAUAAACACAGUAAAAGGAAUUUAUCGUAUACCAAUAAAUCGACGCGUCCUUGCACACUCGGAUGAACGUGAUAACACAGAAGAUCCGAUAAUUGAAACUGACGAUGACAAUCCUCAAAUAGAAAGGGAACUAAACCCAAUAGAAAUAAACGAUACUAAAAAAGACGACGUCGAUAUAAGAGUGGAAACUAAGGGAGAAUUAAAAUUUACUGAUUUUGUCAAAGAAGCUGCAAAAGUAUUAAAAAGUUAUAAAAACAACGUUCUUGAGCAAGCAUUUGCGAUAAUAGAUGAUGAAUUAUGGAAAGGUGUGUAUAAAGGGUGUGAUUCUUACGAGUUAGCUACUAUCAGAAAAUACGCAUCUGAUAAAUUAGCACGACUUAAAUAUGCACCUGCUGAAACGCUUCGUGAGUAUUUAAAUUAUAUAAUAAAUAUAUUAACAAAUCAAGAAUUUGGAGAAAUACAGGACUUGGUUGAUUAUGUCAAUUCCUUGUAUGUUGGAGAAAGUGAAAAAUUCGUUGAAGUUUUACUGGCCCUGGUCCAUAGAAGGAUGUCAGAUGACGUAGAUUUAGCUGACAUAUUAAUGGGUGCAUUACGGUACUUUUUGAUUGAUCAUUAUUGUAACCUCGACGAUAUCGUUAGAUAUGACUUAACGAAAAUGAUUAAACAUUAUUGGAGACAAUAUAUGUCUCAAGUAGAUAAGCGUAAAAGUGGCUCCAAUAAAUAUUCAUUAUCGUUCGUAACGCCGUUUAUCUAUGAAAAGGAUACUGAACAAUUUUAUAAAAAAAGGAGAUUCAAUAAAGUAAAGGCAGGAAGACCAGUAGCAUUGCGUUUUAGCGAUAAAAGUGAGUCUAGUGGGAAUGUACGUUAUGGUAAAAAUGAGAAUAGGAUGAGAGCUAAUUCAAGAGAAAUACCUGAUGAGAGCUCGAAUUCAGCUGAGUCGAAAGGCGAUAAAGUGACGACUUUGGAUAAAAACAUUAACGUGACGACAAAUGGUAGCACGGAAGAACAUAGUUUUAAAACUUCGACGACAGCUAAAAAGAUUAAAGACCAAUUUCGAGGUGGCCAUAGUACUUUAGCUGAUAUAGUACAAAGUCUUCCAUUAGAAUCUAAACCAACGUAUGCUAGGAGACAGUCCAAUAUCAGUAAAACUUUAGAAAGAUUAAUAAAUAUUGGAAACCUCGCCAAGGAAAUAAAUGAGAAGAUUGGGCCGGAAGGCAGGGCUACGCGAAAUGGGGACUUCUUAAUGAAGUUGGACUCUUUAAUCGGUAUGGAAUUUUUAGGAAUGAUUGUUGAUGAGCCUACUACUACUGAAUUGAUAAAGAAAGAAGGGGGCAAUAACAAAGGUGUAAUUAUAACAAUGAAAGCUAAUUACCAAGAAUGAAG